AUUUUGGUCCUUAUCGAACGAAAGUAUUAACGCAAUCGAUGUGAUCAAACGAUUUAUUUCCACCUACCUCAUAGUCUAUCAGAUUGGUUUCUUUAUCGCAGCACACGUUCGUUCAAGCAUGAGCAGAUAAGAGCACUAGUUUAUCGUGUUCGUUGCGCACUAUCGUGACCUCUUUACUUCAUUUUCUUAAUAACGUAGUCUGCUCCGCUUGCUUUAAAGUGAGACGACGCGUGUGCGUGCACUCUGUGCAGUUUUAAAAUGUACUUUUUAAUAAUAGCCGCUAUUGCGGUUCUAGUGUCCACUAUUAAAAUAUAUCAGAAACUUACACAUGCAAUUUGCCGGUCGAGCGCUCACAUGGUCGGCAAGGUAGUGAUUGUGACGGGCGGGAACAGCGGUAUAGGAUUGGAGACGGCGAAAAACUUGGCAGAGAGAGGAGCGCGAGUGAUCCUCGCGUGUCGGAGCGCUCGCCGUGCGGCGGCUGCCAAGGAAGAAAUCAUCAAAUUCUCCGGGAAUACCGACGUGCACUACGUACCGUUGGAUUUGUCAUCCUUCCGCUCUAUAAAGGAAUUCAGUGACCACAUACAGAAGACGGAGAAACGUAUCGACGUCCUGAUCAACAAUGCGGGCGCCGGGGGACUCGGCAACUACAAAACCGAAGACGGUCUCCAUGUCGGCAUGCAAGUCAAUUACUUUGGACCUUUUCUCCUGACCUGCCUGUUACUACCGAAGCUGAAAGCCUCAGCACCGAGUCGAAUCAUAAACCUAUCCUCCGUUAUUCACAAGUACGGUUUAAUGGAUUUCGAUAACCUUAACAUGGAAAAAUACUGGAGUGAUUACCUAGUGUAUGCGAAUAGUAAAUUGUAUAUUAAUUUGAUAACACUGGAGUUGAGUGAGAGACUGCGAGACACCGAAGUGACCGUGAACGCCGUGCACCCGGGGAUCGCGGCGACUAAUAUAUUUCGGAAUAUACCGAUUGCGAUAGUGCGUACUGUGGUCGAGAACGGAAUAGGGUUCAUGUUUCAGAGUCCGGUGGAAGCGUCACAAACCGUCAUUCACUUGGCGGUGUCACCCGAGGUGAACGGGGUGAGCGGCCGCUAUUUCAGUAACUGCCAACCGAAACAACCGUCUAAGAUUUCACAGGAUCUAGAUAUUGCGAAGAAACUUUGGACACAUUCCGCUAGAUUAGUCAAAUAUUCUGAGGCAGACUGAUUCAAUUAGUGUUAUGAGUUAUAUAGGUAGUUAUUAAUGUAGGAACUAUGUUGUUCAAAGAGCUAUUAAGACUUAAACAUUAUGAUGACAAUAAAUACAAAAUUAUAAGUAUAUAAUAACUAGGAAUAAAGUGAAACUGAAUACAUGAAUAUCGCUUCCAUAUCAUUUAUUAUUUAUUUAGUAUCCAAUAAAUGAUAUACACGUGUAAGUUUUUGGGGUACGCCCCGUGCGCCCUCGGAAGUUAGUUGUGAUAAGUAUAAUUAUACUUCAUAAGAAUUUUGAUAAAUAUAGGUAUACGUGAACAAAUAAUUACUUACAUUAAAAAAAUACUACCGUAUAACGGGGUGAACAGAAAUCGCGGGGUGAAUAGAGAAAUUUUGAACUUUUUCUUUCAAGUUGUUAUAUUUAAAAACGUACAUCUCUAAAAUUAGAUUUUUUGGAAUGCGUAUAAAGUAGACUAUUUAUUCUCUACAUUGAUACCAAAAUAACUUAAUCAAACUGCCUAAAAGUUAGAUUUUUUUGACUCUAAAGUAAGGUCUCGCCAAGGUAAGAAAUGAAGCCUGUCUGAACUUUAUUCUAGCGGUAAAUGUUUUGACAUUAACUAAGUAAAAGUUAGCUAACCUGGUAAUAUAGUAUCUGUAGUACCUAAAUAAUAAAUAAUAUCACUAAUUUUCUCUAUAAUAAAGCAUUUUUUUGCAAAAAACCAAUAACAAGCAAAUUUACGUGAUAAAGGGGUCAGUGGACACGCAUAUGGGGUGAACAGUUACGCCAUAGGGGGUGAUUAGAUACAACAAAGGGGUGUAAAGAGACGCCUUGGGGGUUAAAAGACACGACAAAAUAUUUUUGUGUUAAAUAGCUGUUUAACAGAUAUAUAUACCAUUUGCCAAUAGAGAAUCCACAUAAUAAUGACCAAAUUCGAUGCCUAUGACAGCUAAAACUUAAUAUUUCUAUUCACCCCUUUCUUGUGUCUAUCGACCCCGUUUUAAGGAUAUGGAGGAAACAGGUAGUUUUCUUUGAUUUUCUCUGAAUUGGGUAGGUAAAAAUUUAUUUCACAAAUGCAAAAUUGAAGAACUAACCAAGACUCAAAAUAUGAUAUCAAAAUUAUUACUUUUAUCAUUUGGAUUAUUGGCGAAAAUCGUCCUUAAAGUUGAAAAUCGUGUCUUUUCACCCCGUUUUACGGUAUUGGAGGAAAUUUACAAAACUUGAUUUAUGAAAACAAACGCUGUCUUGUAGGAACUAGUGUUGCUUGUAAAGUGUUCAUUGUAGAAACAUAAUUGUAAGGAGUAUUUACUUACCAAUGUCGGUGGGAGUUUGAUAUUCUAAAAUUAAAGCAAGUUGAAUACUUCACAAAACAGGUUGUACACAUUGACGUAUUGCAUACUUAAGUACUGACAUAUUAGUUGUAAUUGAAAAAGAAGAAGAAGAGUUUAUUGAAAAAGGUCAGAUUAAGUACAAGGUCAUGGUUGCUACUACUACUACCUACUACACAGACAUGCGGCCCGAUUCGAACUUUAAGAUAGACGU